AUGCAUCUGUACCUAGCGCUGAUCUCGUGCCUUGUGUGCACCGCGCACUGCUGGCAAUUCGAUGGCGGGGGCGCUGGUGCGGCUGCUGUGCGUAGACUGCUGCAGCGCAGUGUCAGAAAUACGCCACGAGCAUUGGCACGUGGUCCGCCGCCCGGACGAGGAUCGGCCGCGCUGCUCGGCAGCCAGCAGCAGGAUGUGCUAUACGCCUGUCCCCUGAACUCGAUGUGCCAGUGCGCCGGUCUGCCCAACGAGACGUCAACACUGAUUGAGAUUAAUUGCAACGAGGUGGCACUCUACAAGUUUCCAGAAUUCAUACACAGCAGCGUGCGCUACAUCGAAAUGUCCAAUACACAUCUGCAGAGCGUCGACGAUGAAACAUUUCAGGGACUGCGUCUGAAGACGUUGAAGCUAAUCGACAACGAGCUGCAGGACAUAUCUGAGCGCAGUUUCAGCACCAUGACAUACUCCUUGAUGACCCUGGAUAUAUCGGGGAAUAAGAUGCAGCAGCUGCCACUUGAGGCACUGCAGAGACUGCACUCGUUGACGCGACUUGUGGCGCAACGCAAUCACAUAACCAGCCUGGAUGGUAACUGGGAGGCGCAACAUGAUACGUUGCGAUCCCUGCAUUUAUCCGGGAAUGAUAUCACCGAAGUGGCGCCAGGUGGCGCUUUCGAUGCGUUAGCAUAUAACGGUGAUAACAACAGUUCACAGCCCAACAGCCUGGCUGCCAUUGGUGUGCAGAAUGGUUUGGACGGGAGCAAUGUGCUGCAUUCAGCCAAUCCCGGUUCGGGGGAUCGGUUUGAGCAGCUGCAGAAAUUGCUGUGGCUCGACUUGUCCAACAAUCGGAUAACUCAUGUGUCGGCCAACUAUCUGCCACGUUCACUGGUCACCGUGGAUCUGUCCAGCAAUCUACUAUCCGUCUUCCCCCACCAGCUGUUCGAACAGCUGCCAGAGCUCCGGAUCGUUAGCCUGCGCGACAAUCUACUGCGCAGCGUCCAUGGCAAGGAGAGGGAGAAGGAGCUGCAGUUGCGAACACUGCGCAUGCAUCUGGAGAAGCUCGAUCUGGGCCAGAAUUGCAUUGAGCAGCUCGAGUCGGAUUUCUUUCAGCAAAACUACUCGGAUGUGCACAUACGUGCACUCAACAUGGAACAGAACUACGUGACCCAGCUGCCGGCGGAGGUGUUCCGGGCAACGGGUAUUGUGCAUCUUGUGCUAGCAUUCAAUGCCAUCAGUCGUGUGCAUCCAGCGGCCUUUGAGGGUCUGACGGAUACGCUGGAGUAUUUGGAUUUGGAACGCAAUCAUUUGACCACUGUGCCGGUGGCCAUAUCCACACUGCAUCGCUUGCGUUACUUAUAUCUCACCUCCAAUCGGAUCAAUCAGCUGAGCAAUUUGCCCAGCCUCACAUCGAAUCUGAAGGUGCUCAGCCUGAGUGGCAAUAAUUUCACAAUGAUUCCCGUUCUGGGACUGAAGAACUACACACAGUUAUCGUAUCUGAAUAUGGGCUAUAAUUCCAUUGCGGACAUACCCGAGGGCAUCUUUGCUGUCGAUGGUUGGGGCUCCAAUUUGCAAACGAUUCUCCUGCGGAACAAUAAGAUUACCCAUCUACACUUGGGCUCGUUUGCGGGUCUCGAUCAAAUCCAGGAGAUAAGUCUGAGCUUCAAUGAUAUAACCAUACAUCAUCCGUUGGUUUUUGAGAACAUUUCGCAUACGUUGAAAAUUCUGGAGCUCUCCUUUGCCGUCUUUCCAGCUCGAAGUCUGGAAUCGUUGGAUCCGUUGGAUGCAUUGCUGCCGCUGUCGCAGCUUAUCUGGCUGGGACUGGAUAAUAAUAAUUUGAAGACAAUUUCCAAUGAGUCGUUUGCCCAAAUGCGCGAACUGAGCUACAUUAAUUUGAGCUUCAAUCAGCUCAAAUCACUGCCACACGGCCUGUUUUUGCCCGAGGCGCAUAGUCAUCUCGUGGAGAUUGAGCUCUCCUACAAUGCCCUGGACCGGCUCGAGUCGCAAACAUUUCACAAUCUGGGGGAUUUGCAGACACUGAAUCUGCAAUCAAAUCAGUUGCGGAGCAUUGCCAGACACGCAUUUCACAAUCUGGAGUUCCUACGCUAUAUAGAUCUAUCGCAUAAUCGUCUGGGUAAUAUAUCGCAUGGUGCAUUCACUGUGCUGCCCAAUUUGGGUGCACUGGAUCUGAUGCAUAAUCAGCUGUGUGCAUUGUCCUUGAAGUCCUUUCAUUAUGUAUCGAAUGCGACAACACCGUUGCGCCUUAAUCUCAGUCACAAUCACAUCUCGAGCUUCGACGAUGAGCUGAGCAGCUAUAUGUAUAUAUAUCAGCUGGACAUCAGUCACAAUCAUAUCUCCAAAUCGGACAGCUUCACGAAUCUGGCCAACACACUGCGCUUCCUCAAUGUCGCACACAACUCCCUGGGUGGUCUGCAGAGUCAUGCAUUUGGUGACCUGGAGUUCCUGGAGAUACUCAAUUUGUCGCAUAACAAUCUCAGCUCGCUGCGCCGGCGCAGCUUUCAGGGCCUGAACAGUCUGCAGGAGCUGGAUCUGAGUCACAAUCAGCUGGAUCAGCUGCAGGUGGAGCAGUUCUCCAAUCUGCGCAAGCUGCGAAUCCUGCGCAUCUGCUCGAAUCGCCUGCGUGCGCUGCCCCGCGAGGUUUUUAUGAAUACGCGCCUGGAGUUCCUCGAUAUAUCCGAUAAUCAGCUGAGUGUUUGGCCCGUGCCAGCAUUUACGGACAUUGGAUUCACCCUGAGAUCCAUACAGAUGUCGCGGAAUAAUUUGGAGUAUUUGGAUGCAUCGAUGUUUGUCAACUCACAGUUCCUCUACGACAUUAGUCUGGCGCGGAAUCGCAUCACUAUCUUGCCGGACAAUACGUUCAGCUUCCUCAACAAUCUGACCAAUCUGGAUCUCUCCGAGAAUCCGUUAGUUACCACCAAUUUGCGGGAGGUCUUUGUGCAUACGCCUCGUGUCCGCAAACUGAUCCUUCAUCACAUGGGUCUCUAUGUGCUGCCGACGUUGAAGCUGCCGCUGCUCUCCUAUCUGGACGUCAGUGGUAACUAUCUGCAGGAGCUGUCACCGCUGGGUGCACUGCGUCAUCUGCGACACGUGAACGUCUCCCACAACAAGUUGAUCAAUGCCAGCUGCGCUGUGGAACACUUACCGACCUCGGUGCGAGUGCUGGAUCUGGCUCACAAUCCGUUGCGUCGCAUCACGCUGCACGAUCUGCUCAGUCUGCGGCAUCUGUCCGAGCUCAAUCUGCUGGACGUGAAGGUGGCCAAUCCGCAGGCCUUCUCAAAAUUGCGAUCCCUGCGCAAACUGCACGCCAGCUCGCAUGCAAAUCUCGGUGAUUUGGUCGCCCGUUUGCCGGGCCUGCAGGAGUUGCGAGUCCAUUGUCUGGAGUCCAAUAUUGGCGGUCAGCUGCUGCAGAGGUUGGUGAACAACACCAAGUUGCAGCUGGUGGAGCUGUAUGGCAGCAAUGUGCAGACAAUCUCACCGGACGCCUUCUCGGGUCUCGCACGCAAUCAGCAGCUGCAGGUGAAGAUCUCGCACACUCGCAUCUCCGACUUGCCACCCGGGAUAUUCUAUGCGUUGCGCGAGGUGCCCCACCUAUCCAUUGAUAUCUCGCACAAUCGCAUCAAUGCGCUGGCCGCCGACAGCUUCUAUCCCAACAAGAGCUAUUGGGAUGCUGUCGGCACGCGCAGCAUUAUGGGUGGUCUAAUCACUUCGCACAAUCCCCUUGAGUGCGAGUGUGGAUUGGUCUGGUUUGGACACUGGCUGCGACGCUGGCUCCGCGAAUCCGCACAGAUCAAAGUCAUACAGAAGGAUGACCUCAAGCGCAUGGUGCAGCGUGCGCGUGCCAAUACCUGCCAUGAUCCAACAUCGGGUCGCCAUCUGCCCAUCUUGGAGAUAUUUCCGGAGGAUUUGCUGUGCCAGGCCAGUGCAUUGAGCAGUUCCGGACAGCGUAUCUUUCUGUUAUCGUUUGCGGCGGCGUUAACGUUGCCACUCUUCACCAUAUCCCUUUGAUGUUGGCUCUAGUUGUGGCUGCUGGAGCUGGCCAAGUUGUGAGUUGGCUGCAACGAAUGCGGUUGCCCGUUGGAUAACGAUAUGUAUGAUAUUGUAUAUAGAGUUGAGGUUAAUAUAUAUGUAUGUACUAAACGUAGCCUGAGUUUCGUGGCACACUUGGAAUUAGCUAAUGAACCCUAACAAUAACGAAAUCAGCAAAUCGGUUAAUGUCCACUCGUAAAAUAUAAGUUUUAUAUAAAUUAUAAAUAAAUUAGGACUACGAAAACAGUGACAAAUUGUCGCAUUUCAUAAGCGCCAAGCGGUCAGGAUUUAUAUUAAAUAACCAUAAACUAUAUCAAUAUAAUUUGAAUACUUCAACUAUUUUGACUAUGUUAAUCGAUAGCUACCCUAAACAGUUCCUACUAGACUCAUUACUCAAACUUUGACUUUUGGUUCAAUAAACUGUUUUCGAUGCAAUGUUUUAUGACUAUCUCGGAUUGGUUUAUGUAUGUGUUGUUUACCAUUACCAUUCGAUUCUCUUACCCUUAGCAAUUAUUUGUUUUAUAUAAUCAUUCCUUUGAACACCAUCAAAAGACCAGUAGGUAAUUUAAGAGCACCCCACUGUUACCUAACUGCUUGGCGCUGUGUCUUGGCCAACGUAAUUGUACUUAAUGCAAUUGAUUACAUAGACACAAAAAAAGAUACACACACACAGACACAGAUACACACGCAUCAGCGGACAUAUGAUGAUUCCUAAUAACUGAUAAAAGCCAUACUCACCCAGACACACAUACACACGCACACCCACAUUCACACCCACAUCCACUCCCCCCGAAAACACACUUGAACACAACUAGAGCGCAGUUAAUAAACACUUUUGCAUCUAUAGAAUUACUAGACGGAUAAGUUGUUAAUAAUAGUUUACAUGAGGUAUAAUAAUAUUAUAAUAUUUUUAAAAGCUGAAAACGAUUCUAGAUACAAAAUAUGGAAUACAAUUUAGCAGCAAG